AUGUUGAUCGUUUCAACAUUAAUUGAAUGUACUCUUCGUCAAUCUUAUUUUAAUUCCUCAACAUCAUCAACAUUCAACAAAUACUUCACAAUCAUCACCUACAAUUGAUAUCAUGAUACACUUUAUAUGCAACCAACAUCAAUAAAUUCAACAGGACCAACAAAUGAUAGAACAUCAAUAAUUGUUUCAUCAUUUCCAAUAUCAACAACAACAACAAUUGAAAAUCAAAUAAAUGAGAAUUUAAUUGGAACAUCACCAUGGUUAACACAUUUACUAUCAAAAUUUAAAGAUAAACAAAGUUUACGAAAAGAAAAAUUAAAAUUAAUUCCAAAAAAAAAAUAA